AUUAUAUUGAAUACUAAUGAGUGCUCUUUAGAAUUAGAUCCGAUCAUAGGAUGCGUUAUGCUAAAUAUGCUCGUCAAAGCACGUACGUUGAUAAAGAUAAGGACAAUUACGAUCGUGAGGCCAGGGCGUCAAAUCGUUUGAAGAAUAUAACUCUUACUAAACUGAAUGCUGCUUAUGAGCGUUAUACAGCUACUGUUCCUCGGGAAUUGCGUUUUAAGGAGUUGCGUAACUCUUGGCAUCCAGUGACACCUGAUCACCGAUCAUCCUUGAGUAUAUCGCAGUGGAAUCAGCAGAUAUCAAAUUGGCGCCAUUGUGUAUAUCUAUGGAAUGGUAUAACUGACGCUCAAUGUGCGUUGCUAUCUAAUGCUGUACGUGAUGGUGACAUCCAGGCAUUUUUAGGCAUUUGUGAAAAUACACUUCUCCCAGAGUCAUCUGAAGACGGUUAUGCGUCAUUAUUAGAUAGCGCGAGUUCGGGCACAUCACUAGCGCCUGUAUUGUUCAAGCCAAGUUGGUUUAAAGGCCAGAUUACUCAUUCUGGAUUUCGUACAUUAGAGGAGUCGGAAUUUUUGAACCGAGCUAUUGUGAUAAGUAAAUCGAGUACUAAUAAGCAAUUUCAUGAACGUUACAAAAGGUAUAUCAAUUCAUAUUCCAGUAACCAGUGAUCUUACCCUGACCGUUUUGGU